ACCUCUUCUCCUCCCCUCUUCCCCCAACCCCUCCCUUUUGCAAGGAAUUCCUCUUUCACCUCACCUCUUCUCUCCUCCCCUCUUCCCCCAACCCCUCCCUUUUGCAAGGAAUUCCUCUCCUCUCCUUUCUUCCCCUCUCCCCUCCCCCCCCCCCACACCCCCCUCCCCUCCUUUAGUAUAAGGAAUUCCCUUCCUCUCCUCUCUUCCCAUCCACAACCAACCAACCCCCUCUCCCCUUCUCAACCACCACCUCCUUUUUGUUUUCUAUAAGGAUUUCCCUUCCCUUACUCCUCUCCCCCCCCCCCCCCCCCCCACCUCUGCCAAUUCUAGCCAUGCUCCAGAAUGACACCAAAAGACAAGCCGUUUGCAACGCAUACCUGGAGCCCGACCUGGAGCCCUUCCAGGGUGCAGAGGUCCAGAGUGGAGAGGGGAGUACCCAGCUGGACUGCCACCACACCACUGCCAACUUGGUUCUGCAGGAUCUGGGAGGGAGUGGCUCAUCCCACAACAGCCUAGGCUGGUCCACCAGCCAGGCGGGCGAGGAGAACCUUCUGCAACAAAGGGUCCUGCCCACGGCCAUGCUUCUGCCCAAGAUGGUCCACCUGGGGCCUCUCUUCGGAGGAGGGACCUACCCUUCGGCCCAUCAGAUGGGGCUGUCCCAGCAGCACAGGCAGUCACCGCUCAGCCAGCACCAACACCCCCACCAAGCGACCUUCACCCAGAGGAACGGCUUCAGCGGGCAGCAACAGGCCUUCAGGGCGUACAACUGGGGAGGCCACCAGCAGCAAGGUGGUGGCGGUGGAGGUGGAGGUGGUGGUGGAGUCUGGGGAUCCAUCAACACUACCUGCAGCAGGGGCUUGAGAAGAUCGAUGGGAGUCUCGAACUCGAUUCCCUCCUGCUCCUCCAAGAGGCCCUUCUCCAGUCAUGUCCUGUUGCCCCCAAAGUUGAACAGAAGCCGCCCAGGAUUAACACCCAAAUCUUGGAUGGAAGACAACCCGGUGAACACAGAUGGCAAUAGCAACUGGCUGCCACAUCAGCAGGAAUGGACCCAGCCCUACGACACGUUCAACAUGCACUCGUUGGAGAACUCGCUCAUCGACAUCUUGCAGAACGAGCAGGAACCGCUGAAAAGUCGGUCGGCUCUCUUCCCCGUAGAAGAUGGUUUCCUUGACAACGGCCAGGGUGACCAGUCCUUAUCUUCGGGCUUGAACUCCCCAGCGCUGAGUCAGAACGGGAAGCACGGAGAGCGAUAUUCCCGGAAGGUUUUUGUCGGCGGCCUCCCUCCCGACAUCGAUGAAGAUGAGAUCAUCGCUACCUUCUGCUGCUUCGGCCAGCUCAUGGUGGACUGGCCUCACAAGUCCGGGAGCAAAUCCUACUUCCCACCCAAAGGUUACGCCUUCCUGCUGUUUCAGGAGGAAUGUUCUGUCCAGGUUCUCAUCGACGCCUGUUACCACGAUGACGGCAAGCUGUACCUUUACGUUUCCAGCCGUACGGUCAAGGACAAACCGGUCCAGAUUAGGCCGUGGACUCUGAGCGAUAGUGACUUUGUUCUCGAUGGAUCCCAGCCUCUGGAUCCCAGGAAGACCGUCUUUGUUGGUGGUGUCCCUCGGCCACUGAAAGCUGUCGAGCUGGCCAUGAUCAUGGACCAGCUGUACGGAGGCGUCUGCUACGCUGGCAUCGACACCGACCCCGAGCUGAAGUACCCCAAGGGUGCGGGCAGAGUGGCCUUCGCCAACCAGCAGAGUUACAUCGCCGCCAUUAGUGCCCGCUUCAUCCAACUACAGCACCGGGACAUCGACAAGCGGGUUGCUCUUGCCCGGCAGGUGGAGGUGAAGCCCUACGUGCUGGUGGACCAGCUCUGCGACGAGUGCCAGGGCGCCCACUGCAACGGCAAGUUUGCCCCCUUCUUUUGCGCCAACAUCACCUGCCUGCAGUACUACUGCGAGUUCUGCUGGACGAGCAUCCAUUCGCAAGCUGGGCGCGAGUACCACAAGCCACUGGUGAAGGAGGGAGGCGAGAGGCUUCGGCAGCUGCCCUUCCGGUGGAGCUAAGACCCGUAACCGCCACCACCAACACCCCUCCGAGGGGCGCAGUCACCCGCUGCCACUUGGCGGCUCGUGGUUAACUUGCCGAACCCAUUAUUUAGUGUUUGUGCACCAAAAUUUUCUUACCCAGUAUAUCUUUUGAUUAAUUUUUUUGUUUUAAUUUUAAGCAGAAAAGUCUGGUUUUUGGGGUGGACACCCAGUGCGAUGGGUUGGAGGGUGUGAUCUGUGCUUCAGUUCUCAGAACA